AUGGUGAACUCGCCCACGACCUUGGAUCUAAACGGGCUUGACACGGGCAACAGUCCAGGAGGCACAAUUGGGAACGCUGAAGGUGGACCGAGCCAGGGCAGGAAGCGGAAGAAGUAUGCGGCUAGAGCAUGUACUACCUCUGGCGCCAACACCAACAGACGCAAUCCCAUCGUUCCGCGGGAUCCGGACACGAGGUCUGCAGUCGCUCAAGCUCCGGUGCCCAGCGCCUUAUCCGACCCUCGCGUUGAUGAGCUCUGCGAUCGGGUCAGCACCAUUGAGGGCAUGCUCACUCGUUUGGUGAAGUCGGCCAAAGGAACUGGGGAUUCAUCGCCAAGCGCCACUUUCUCGACGCCCGUAGAGCGCAGUGUGACUGUGCCCGGUGAAGAUGAUGACGACGCAGACCAGUUUGCGUUACCAACAAUCGCGCAUGAUGAUCUCACGCUCUCAUCUCAGGUCGCCGCCAUGAGCGCAUUCCUGUCCAGGCCGCCUUCACCAAAGCCCGGCAGUGGCAGGCAAACAGCAACGUUUCAAGUCUUGGUCGAGCUUCCCGACACUUCUUCUCUACAGCAUCUCCUCGACGUCUAUUUCCGGGAGAUGAAUAGCUACUUUCCUUUCUUGGAUCGCGAGGAUACUGAGUUGCGUAUCUACGGCGUUGUUGGCCGGCUCGGCUACAGGCCCUGUAAUCGCACCUUGGCUGUGACCAAGGAAGAUCUUUCCGUCAUCGCUCUUACAUACAUCAUGCUGGCGCUCGCCGACUGCGUGGACCCAGGCGAAGGAGCAUGCGAUGGCGACACGAAACCUGGCUGGGAAAGAUAUCUCCAAAGCUGCCGUGCCAUCCAACGUUUCUCCCACUCCAAGGCACUCAACCUAGACGUUGUCAGAGCGCAAUGUCUUGUGGCUGCAUAUCUCAUGCACUGCGAGGUACUCAGAGCUGCCUCGCAGGCCAUUUCAGUCGCUUGGCAGCAGGCUAUAUCAAUUCGCCUGAACGACAAAAAGGCCUGGCCGAUUGAGAAUGCCCAAGAAACCUUGCAGAGACAGCAACUGUGGUGGACGAUGUAUUUUUUAGACAGGCAAAUUUCCCGCCGAAGCGGGAUCGCUUAUCAUAUCCGCGACACCGAAUUCGACGUUGACGACUUCACCUUACACGCAGAGAAUAACCUGAUACCACAAACAGAUAUCACAAGGAGCUAUCUGCAGGCUCUGAUCAACUUGGCCAGGCUUUGGAGCCUCGUGUGGGACACGUUCUUCGCUGUUGGCGCGACGAACAAGGGAGAUUGGAUGGAAGUGGAGCUCAUGGACGCUCGAAUCCUCAACACUCGUCGAGGACUGCCCAAAACAUUAACCUGGGACUCUAACGAGGUUGCGAACUACACAGCAUGUGACGAGGAUGAGUCCCACAUUCGUCGGCGCCUUCAGAUUUUUACUAGAUUGGAACUCAUCCGCAUGCUCAUCAAACAGAACCCUGUACGCCAGUCGGCCUUCAACCCAGAGACGGCUCAUUUCUGUGCCCGGCUUUCGCGCGAAAUCAUCAGAUCCCAUCAUGUUUAUCUCUCGCAGUACCCAGAGGCCCGAGCGAGCGGCUACUUCACAACAAGCUCGAUAGUGGAAUGCAUCUAUCACUUGGCCCCAGUAAUCCACUGCUCUGUCGACAGCAACGAGCGUAGCGCCUGUGUAUCCGCUUUCAACCAGGCUCGUGGUAUCUUGGUCAAGUUAUCCGCCUACAACAACGUGGCAAAAAAGGCCUUGAAGGCCUUGAAUGGCGUCAUCAAGAAAUGGGGUACCGGCGAUAUAAAAGGCAGCAGUGGCGGCAAGGACACCAGUGCAUUACAGGGUGUAUUACAGGACCACAAUAAUCUUGAUGUUCCUCCGCAAAUACACGAAUUCAUGAGGAGGAUCGAAGUACAAGAUGGACAGGACAGCUUUGAUAUCGAUCUUGGCGAGUUGAUGGAUAUGUCGAUGGGUUGGAUUUCCGGCAGUGAGUUCGAUCUCCAGCCUGAUGUCCUCCUUUGA